CCUCUCAGCCUUACGUGACUUGAAAAAAGGCUUAAUCAUACCAUUCAAGCCAACAAAGCAUCGAACAACGUUCGGAAAUUCAUCAAACUCAAUCUCAGAAGUCCACACUACUCUUCAACAUGGCUGAUUCUCUAAACAUGAACGGUCUUACCUUGAACGAAUCCAAGCACGCACCCCAGGGUCCGAUGACUGGUCGUUCGGCCUACAUCCCUCCUCACCUUCGCGGCCAGCCAGGUUCUCGUGGACCCCCGGUGGCGGUCAUGGAUGGAGCUGGUCCUCGUCCUGCGAACGGUCCACCUGCGACACAAGGCUUGAACGGCAGCGCAUGGGCAAACAACACCAACAGCAACGGCGGCUGGGCAAACGCUCCUGCUCCUGCACCUCAAUCCAACGGCUGGUCCGGCCAUGGGAAUCCUCGUCCUUUCAACCCCAAUGCCUACGGUGCUCCUGGUGGCGGUUACGGCGGUAAUGCAGCUCGUGGCUCUGGCGAUGGACAAUGGAAAGACGGUCAACACAUCCCCGGUCCUGCCAAUCCCAAGAUCGAACGCGAAUUGUUCGGGGCUCCCAACGAAACCAAGGGUCAGGGCACGGGCAUCAAUUUUGCCAACUACGAUGACAUCCCUGUCGAGGCUAGCGGCCAAAACGUCCCUGAACCUGUCAACGCCUUCACCAACCCGCCUCUUGAUGACCAUUUGCUCAGCAACAUCAAGCUCGCAGGCUACAGCAAUCCCACUCCUGUGCAGAAGUACUCUAUCCCCAUUGUCAUGGGUGGACGAGACCUCAUGGCUUGUGCUCAAACCGGCUCUGGCAAGACUGGAGGUUUCUUGUUCCCAAUCCUGUCUCAGGCAUUCCAGCAUGGUCCUUCUGCCACACCUGCCUCGGGUGGUGGUUAUCGUCAGCGAAAGGCCUUCCCUACUUCCCUGAUCUUGGCUCCUACUCGUGAGCUUGUUUCUCAGAUCUACGAUGAGGCCCGCAAAUUCGCCUACCGUUCCUGGGUUCGACCCUGCGUCGUCUACGGUGGUGCCGACAUCGGUACUCAACUUCGUUCCAUUGAACGCGGUUGCGAUUUGCUUGUUGCCACUCCCGGUCGUCUGGUCGAUCUCAUUGAGCGAGGCCGCAUCUCGCUUGCUAACAUCAAGUACUUGGUUCUCGACGAGGCCGACCGUAUGCUUGACAUGGGUUUCGAACCUCAGAUCCGCCGCAUUGUCGAGGGUGAAGACAUGCCUACUGUUCAGAACCGCCAAACUCUCAUGUUCUCGGCCACCUUCCCCCGCGACAUCCAGAUGCUGGCUCGCGACUUCUUGAAGGACUAUGUCUUCUUGUCUGUCGGACGUGUUGGUUCCACCUCCGAGAACAUCACCCAGAAAGUGGAGUAUGUUGAGGACCAAGACAAGCGUUCCGUCUUGCUCGACAUCCUACAUAGCCACAAUGGCGGUCUUACCCUUAUCUUCGUCGAAACCAAGCGCAUGGCCGACACCCUGUCCGACUUCCUCAUCAACCAAGGUUUCCCGGCCACCGCCAUCCAUGGUGACCGCACCCAACGCGAGCGUGAGCGAGCAUUGGAAUUCUUCCGCAACGGCCGAUGCCCGAUCAUGGUGGCUACUGCUGUAGCAGCCCGUGGACUUGACAUACCGAAUGUGCUACAUGUUAUCAAUUACGACCUUCCCACCGACAUCGACGACUAUGUGCACCGCAUUGGUCGUACCGGACGUGCUGGAAACACCGGUAUUGCAACUGCCUUUUUCAACCGUGGCAACCGUGGCAUCGUGCGCGAUCUCCUUGAACUUCUAAAGGAAGCUCACCAGGAAGUCCCUGGCUUCUUGGAGAACAUUGCUCGUGAGAGCUCUGGCUUCGGUGGUGGCCGUGGCGGUCGUGGCCGUGGAGGUGGCGGUCGUGGUGCUUCUGCCACACGUGACAUGCGUCGCAUGGGCGGAGGCGCAGGCGGUGCUCCUUCUUAUGGUGGUGGCUUUGGCGGCGGCUAUGGCGGCAGUGCUGGUGGCUAUGGUGGGGCACCAUACGGCGGCAGCGGUGGGGCUUACGGCGGCGGUUAUGGCAGCUACGGCAACCCAAGCGGUGGUGCCAGCGGUCCUUCCUCCUGGUGGUAG